ACAGUCGAAUAAUUUUGUGAAGAACCUUUUCUUAUCUCCCAUUACAUUAGCAUAAAACACUUAUAUACGCAUGUUGAUGUUUCGAAAACCUAUUAUGUGGUCCGCAAGGAACGGAUAGUAGCGUGUAGAUUAAUUGUGGAUAAAAAAAAUAGAGACAUGACGCGUUUCAUUCUUCACGUACUGGCCCUUGCAGUAAUUUUGACUUCAGCUACUGCUAAAAGUUUAAACUGUUACCCAUUCUCAUUUGUGGACCGAAACCAAUGGGGCGCGGAACCGGCCAAAGGUCAGACUGCCCUGGGCGCUCCUGUGCAGUUUGUGGUCAUACAUCACAGCUACCAGCCAGGAGUGUGUCUGACCAGGCAGGAGUGUAUCACCGCGAUGAGGUCAAUGCAGAGCUUCCACCAGAACGACCAGGGUUGGGUCGACAUAGGUUACAAUUUCGCCGUGGGAGGCGAAGGUAGCGUGUACGAAGGCCGGGGGUGGGAGAACGUCGGCGCGCACGCAGUCGGCUACAACGCUCAAAGCAUUGGCAUCUGUAUUAUUGGAGAUUGGAUAAAUGUACUGCCACCAAGAGAAGCUCUAGAAGCCACGAAACAACUGAUACAGAUAGGAGUGAGCCUUGGAUAUAUCAGCCCUAACUACGUAUUGAUGGGUCACAGGCAGGCGUCAGAUACGGAAUGUCCAGGCAGUGCGUUGUUCAAUGAGAUCUCAACCUGGGACCAAUUCCGAAGAGACUGAAAAAAAACCAAUGAAUAUGUACACUUGUAAGCAGAUACACUUAACGCGUUAUUAAACUCCUAUUACGUUUUAGAAAUAA